AACAAUAACAAUAACAAUAACAAUAACAAUAACAAUAACAAUAACAAUAACAAUAACAAUAACAAUAACAAUAACAAUAACAAUAACAAUAACAAUAACAAUAACAAUAACAAUAACAAUAACAAUAACAAUAACAAUAACAAUAACAAUAACAAUAACAAUAACAAUAACAAUAACAAUAACAAUAACAAAAAUAACAAUAACAAUAACAAUAACAAUAACAAUAACAAUAACAAUAACAAUAACAAUAACAAUAACAAUAACAAUAACAAUAACAAUAACAAUAACAAUAACAAUAACAAUAACAAUAACAAUAACAAUAACAAUAACAAUAACAAUAACAAUAACAAUAACAAUAACAAUAACAAUAACAAUAACAAUAACAAUAACAAUAACAAUAACAAUAACAAUAACAAUAACAAUAACAAUAACAAUAACAAUAACAAUAACAAUAACAAUAACAAUAACAAUAACAAUAACAAUAACAAUAACAAUAACAAUAACAAUAACAAUGACAAUAACAAUAACAAUAACAAUAACAAUAACAAUAACAAUAACAAUAACAAUAACAAUAACAAUAACAAUAACAAUAACAAUAACAAUAACAAUAACAAUAACAAUAACAAUAACAAUAACAAUAACAAUAACAAUAACAAUAACAAUAACAAUAACAAUAACAAUAACAAUAACAAUAACAAUAACAAUAACAAUAACAAUAACAAUAACAAUAACAAUAACAAUAACAAUAAUAAUAACAAUAACAAUAACAAUAACAAUAACAAUAACAAUAACAAUAACAAUAACAAUAACAAUAACAAUAACAAUAACAAUAACAAUAACAAUAACAAUAACAAUAACAAUAACAAUAACAAUAACAAUAACAAUAACAAUAACAAUAACAAUAACAAUAACAAUAACAAUAACAAUAACAAUAACAAU